AAACUGACAAUAGACGCUGUGUAAAUACUUCAUUCAGUCCUAUUCCACACUAACAUGCAUAUGCUGAGGCUGGACUCAGAGGAGCAUUUAACGUGUGUGUGUAGAGAGAGUGCGCGCGCUUUGGCAUUUUGACAUCCAAACGCAUUGUGUGUGCGCGCUGUUCCUCAGACAGGCAGACCGGCAAGCACUACAGACCAGUGUCAUUUCAAUUUCGUCUGUGGUCGCGCGCGUGAUUACGCUACAACCUAUAGGACUCCCCGAGGCGCUUUUGCUUCUGCUGUCGAGGGCGCAGACCAAGAAACGCGCGUAAAAAAAGGUGCGAGAGGAACAGGCCAGCCGUUUGGGGACAAUGGGACCGUCUCUGCACUGACAAAUACACACAGAUAACGGCAUGAGCAUAGCGGAGCAGAUCUGAACUUUAAGGGGAUCCGCCGUGAUCUGGAUUAUUGGAGCAUCUGACCGGCAAGGAGCAUCAAAUUAGAUUUUUUUUUUUUCAACGUGCAAAAGAAAUAGCCAUAACCCAAAACCAUGGCUCGUGGAGACAACCGUAUGGGGAGCUGGCAGGUGCUGCUGACAAUCUCCAUGCUCAUCAUCCCUCUGUGUGCACAUAACGGGAGGCAUUCAAUGGCCAGACGCCAUCCUCACCACAACCACUCAUCUGUCCACAAGGAGGCCCUGGACACCAGGAUGGUUCUCAGCGAAGACUCAGCAGAGAGAGAGCAUCUGAUUGGAGCAGGAAUUGGUGCCCGACUCCCGUCCAGUUCCUCCAGGCAUCACCACUUUCAUAAACGCCACCACUUGGAUUUUGUAGAGGAUGACCAACAUGGGGAGGAGCUAACAGCUGGAGGAGCAGGGCCAGACCAUCCUGGGAACCCAUUAUCUGAUGACGUUAUCACUGUGGCAUUUCACAGUCCGGCACCAGAUGUUGUUCCCUCGGAUGUUAACCUGGACUUGGCAAAAACUCCCAAAGCUCAAAAGCAGAAAGGUGGAAAUCCCAAUAAGUGGAGCUUAAAUGAUUAUUAUGAUUACCUGUCUUCUGACAACGACGUCUCCGCAGUAGAUACCACCCCAGAACCUGAACCAACUCCUUCACCUCCAGCUGACAUGGAGGAUGAAAAUCCACUCCUAAAAGGCUCUUCAACGAUCCGCGAAAAUGUACAGCCAAACCUCAAUGGUGGGUCAUCUUUACCAGCCCCUCCUAUGCAGGGACCGGACAACAAUGAGAGAGUAGGCGUAGGUGGGGCCAUGGGUGCGGAUGGCUGCAGGCUGGGCUUUGUGCAGUCUGGACCAGGAGUCUGUGUAUCUCAGUGUGAAAUUGAAGAAAACUUUUGCUUCAAUGGAGGGGUUUGCACCGUGGUGGCAGGAGUAGGAGCCUUCUGCAGGUGUAAUGUGCAGGACUACAUCUGGAACAAAGGCCUCCGCUGUGAAUGGGCCAUCACUGAGUUCCAGGUGCUAUGUGUGGUGGUGGCAGUGGCCUGUUUUGUCUUCCUCCUGCUCUUCAUGAUUGUUGUGUUCUUCGCCAAGAGCAUGUACCGUCUCAAAAACGAGAACAUGCGCCUUCGGAAGCGUAGUAAGUAUCACCCCCGGAGCAGCGAGCCGCAGACGGAUGGCCUCUCAGUUUCGACAACAGCUGACGGCUCACAGCCAAAUGUAAGAAAACUGUGUGACACCCCUCCGCCUGCCACCCAAGCCCAUACUCAAAACCUGGCGUACUAUGACAACAUUAUCUGUCAGAGGCCAUCUUCAGCCAGCAAUCCCUGGGAGUAUAGGCACAGAAAACCUUAUAACCACUUCCAGGACGAGCCACAGAAGAAAGAGAACCAAGCCAAGUCCCCUCAGCCCAAGGAGGAGGGGUCUAUGAACAUCCUCAACUCCCACUCCCCAAAGCAUGAGAACAACCGCCCUGCCUCUGCCAUCCAUGGCCACACCCCAAACAGCACGGAGGAAAAUGCAGAGGUAAACAUGCUCCAGAACAACCUGGUGUAACAUCAGCACAUGAUUAAGUCUGCAGCUAAUGAAUUAGAGAAAAAAAUAUUUUAUGGUGCACACAGAGGAAAAAAAAAGUUUACAUCUUGCUAGAGAAGAUUUUUUAAAUGGAACUUAUAAGAUCUAAAGUUAAAAAUGAGCACAACACAUAUUUAUAGUUCCAACGUGAGAAGCACAAUAGAUCUGUUUACGAGGCCGCCAUACUUAUAUCGAUCACAUAGUGGCGCCGCUGCCUCUUCUCCUCCAUCUUUCUGCCUUUAAUGCUGGACUAAAAUCUCUGGCUCGGACCAACUACUGACUGACUGUUCUCUCUACUGAUGCUCUGCCUUGGUCUUUCGGCCAAUGUACUUCUGCAUUGUCUUUUCUCCUGUUUCCCAAGCUUCCCUUAUUCUCCUUUCCCCCUCUGCCUUUCCCUACCUAACUGUGUCUCUCUGCCCGCAUGCAUUGGUGUUAUCGGCGAAAAAGUGUCUGAAAAACAUAUAAUUUGAAAAAAAAAAAAAGAAAAUAUGUGGAAAUAAAGUGGAUAUGUAUUUGCAAACCGUUAAUGUUUGACAUUGCUAAAAUAAGUGGAUAUGUCUAGAUUACAUGAGGAUAAAGUAACUGCUUGGAGUUGAUAUUUGAAUCUAUAUGCAUAUUACACACGCUGUGUCUUGGUUUUCAAUGUGUUUUGCUAUCUUUAAUGUACUUGAUAUUCUUUUUUACUUCAUUGGCUAUUCAUGGAGGGUUCCAGUUCACAGUUGUUGGAAUAAAUCUUUUUCAUUUUA